AUUUUCCUUGUUAUUUCUGUUUCGUGAAGGCUGGAAAAAGAAAAAAUUUGUUUCAUGCUAAGAAUCUGCGCUUAUUACUGUCCACGUGUUUCUAUUUAUACCCUUCUUCCCUUUGUGGAGGAGGAGGGUGUUUAACAUUUUAGUGGAUAUUUGCAGAAAAUAACUGCAAAAGCAAACAUGUACAUUAAACAGGUCAUUAUCCAGGGUUUCCGCAGUUACAGAGACCAGACUGUGGUCGACCCCUUCAGCCCAAAACAUAAUGUUAUUGUGGGAAGAAAUGGAUCCGGAAAAAGUAACUUCUUUUAUGCCAUCCAGUUUGUGCUGAGUGAUGAGUUCAGUCACCUGCGCCCAGAGCAGCGUCUGGCCUUGCUUCAUGAAGGCACUGGUCCCCGAGUCAUUUCGGCUUUUGUGGAAAUCAUAUUCGACAACUCUGACAACAGGCUGCCGAUUGACAAAGAGGAGGUAUCGCUGCGACGUGUCAUUGGAGCAAAAAAAGACCAGUAUUUCCUUGACAAGAAAAUGGUGACUAAGAAUGAUGUAAUGAACUUGCUGGAGAGUGCAGGUUUCUCCCGCAGCAACCCAUACUACAUUGUAAAGCAGGGAAAGAUCAACCAGAUGGCGACGGCCCCAGACUCCCAGCGUCUGAAGCUCUUGAGGGAAGUGGCAGGCACCAGGGUUUACGAUGAGCGCAAGGAGGAGAGCAUCUCCCUUAUGAAGGAGACAGAGGGGAAGAGAGAGAAGAUUAAUGAGCUGUUGAAAUACAUCGAGGAACGUCUGCACACACUGGAGGACGAGAAGGAGGAGCUUGCGCAGUACCAGAAAUGGGACAAGAUGAGGAGGGCCCUGGAGUACACCAUCUACAAUCAGGAGCUCAACGAGACGCGCGCCAAACUCGAUGAGCUGUCUACUAAGAGAGAGACAUGUGGAGACAAAUCAAGGCAGCUAAGAGACGCUCAGCAGGAUGCCAGAGACAAAGUGGAGGAGACGGAGCGUGUAGUGCGGGAGCUGAAGGCUCGGAUCUCUGCGAUGAAGGAGGAGAAGGAGCAGCUGAGUGCUGAGCGGCAGGAGCAGAUCAAACAGAGAACUAAACUGGAGCUCAAAGCCAAAGACCUGCAGGACGAACUGGCAGGCAACAGCGAACAGAGGAAACGGCUACUGAAAGAGAGACAAAAACUAUUGGAAAAGAUUGAGGAGAAGCAGAAAGAGCUGCAGGAGACAGAACCAAAAUUCAACACAGUGAAGGAGAAGGAGGAGAGAGGCAUUGCCAGACUGGCCCAGGCCACCCAGGAACGGACAGACCUGUACGCCAAGCAGGGUCGUGGCAGCCAGUUCACCUCCAAGGAGGAGAGGGACAAGUGGAUCAAGAAGGAGCUAAAGUCCCUGGACCAGGCCAUCAACGACAAGAAACGUCAGAUCGCUGCCAUCCACAAAGACUUGGAGGACACGGAGGCCAACAAGGAGAGGAACCUGGAGCAGUAUAAUAAAUUAGACCAGGACCUGAACGAGGUGAAGACACGUGUGGAGGAGCUGGAUAAGAAAUAUUAUGAGGUGAAGAACCGGAAGGACGAGCUCCAGAGUGAAAGAAACUAUCUGUGGCGGGAGGAGAAUGCAGAGCAGCAGGCCCUAGCAGCCAAGAGAGAGGACCUGGAGAAGAAACAACAGUUACUGCGUGCAGCUACUGGAAAGGCCAUCCUGAAUGGUAUCGACAGCAUUAACAAGGUGCUGGAGCACUUCCGCCGCAAAGGUAUCAACCAGCACGUCAUCAAUGGUUACCACGGCAUCGUCAUGAACAACUUUGAGUGUGAGCCCGCCUUCUACACCUGCGUAGAGGUGACCGCUGGAACCAGGUUGUUUUACCAUAUAGUAGAGACUGAUGAGGUAAGCACUAAGAUUCUGAUGGAGUUCAAUAAGAUGAACCUGCCUGGAGAGGUCACCUUCCUGCCGCUCAGCAAACUGGAUGUCAGAGACACUGCAUACCCUGAGACCAACGAUGCCAUCCCAAUGAUCAGCAAACUGCGCUAUAGCCCAAAUUUUGAUAAGGCUUUCAAACAUGUGUUUGGAAAGACCCUUAUCUGCCGCAGUAUGGAGGUCUCCACCCAGCUGGCCAGAGCCUUCACUAUGGACUGUAUCACUCUGGAGGGUGACCAAGUGAGCCACCGCGGUGCUCUGACGGGUGGUUACUACGACACCCGCAAAUCUCGCCUGGAACUGCAGAAGGACAUGCGUAAGGCGGAGGAGGAGCUCACCGAACUGGAGGCCAAACUCAAUGAGAACCUGCGCAGGAAUAUUGAACGAAUUAAUAAUGAGAUUGAUCAGCUGAUGAACCAGAUGCAGCAGAUUGAGACGCAGCAGAGGAAGUUUAAGGCUUCCAGAGACAGCAUCCUGUCAGAGAUGAAGAUGCUGAAAGAGAAGAGACAGCAGUCUGAGAAGACCUUUAUGCCAAAGCAACGCAGUCUGCAGAGUCUGGAGGCGAGCCUUCAUGCGAUGGAGAGUACGCGGGAGUCUCUGAAAGCUGAGCUUGGCACGGACCUGCUGUCUCAGCUCAGCCUGGAGGACCAGCGUCGUGUCGAUGACCUCAAUGAUGAGAUCAGACAGCUUCAGCAGGACAACAGGCAGCUUCUGAAUGAAAGAAUUAAAUUGGAGGGCAUUAUGACCAGAGUGGAGACGUACCUUAACGAGAAUCUGCGUAAGCGCCUUGACCAGGUGGAACAGGAGCUGAACGAGCUUCGGGAGACUGAGGGGGGGACGGUCCUCACAGCCACCACCUCAGAACUUGACGGCAUCAACAAGCGCAUUAAAGACACCAUGGCCCGCUCUGAGGAUCUGGACGUGCUGAUCGACAAGACGGAGGUGGAGAUCAAAGACCAUAUCAAGAGUAUGGAGCGCUGGAAGAACAUCGAGAAGGAGCAGAACGAGGCCAUCAACCACGACACCAAGGAGCUGGAGAAGAUGACCAACCGGCAGGGCAUGCUGCUGAAGAAGAAGGAGGAGUGCAUGAAGAAGAUCCGUGAGCUGGGCUCCCUGCCACAGGAAGCCUUCGAGAAGUACCAGACACUCACGCUCAAACAGCUCUUCCGUAAACUGGAGCAGUGUAACACCGAGCUGAAGAAGUACAGCCAUGUGAAUAAGAAGGCUCUCGACCAGUUUGUGAACUUCUCUGAACAAAAGGAGAAGCUGAUUAAGAGACAGGACGAGCUGGACAGGGGCUACAAAUCCAUCAUGGAGCUUAUGAAUGUCCUGGAGCUGCGCAAAUAUGAAGCCAUCCAGCUCACCUUCAAACAGGUGUCCAAGAACUUCAGUGAGGUGUUCCAGAAGUUGGUGCCAGGUGGGAAGGCCACUCUGGUGAUGAAGAAAGGAGAUGCUGAAGGGGGACAGUCCCAGGACGAGGGAGAGGGCGGGACUGACAGUGAGAGAGGCUCCGCCUCCCAGAGCAGCGUGCCCAGUGUCGACCAGUUCACAGGAGUCGGCAUCCGGGUGUCCUUCACAGGUAAGCAGGGUGAGAUGAGGGAGAUGCAGCAGCUCUCUGGAGGACAGAAAUCUCUGGUGGCACUGGCGCUCAUCUUCGCCAUCCAGAAGUGCGACCCCGCCCCCUUCUACCUCUUUGAUGAGAUUGACCAGGCCCUGGAUGCCCAGCACAGGAAGGCCGUGUCAGACAUGAUUGUGGAGCUGGCUGGGCAUGCUCAGUUCAUCACGACCACAUUCAGGCCAGAGCUACUGGAGUCGGCUGACAAAUUCUACGGAGUGAAGUUCAGAAAUAAGGUGAGUCACAUCGAUGUGAUCUCGGCAGAGCAGGCGAAGGACUUUGUGGAGGACGACACCACUCAUGGCUAAAUCCUUUGGGGGGGAAGACACCCCUCAUGGCCCACUUGUCAUUCUGCCCAGUUCCUUUGAGUGAAACAUGUAACACAUUUUUCUAGUGUCCUUUUAAGCAGGUGAGGAGGGGUUUUUUGUACAUUGUCAUGUUUGAGGAAAAACACUGAAGAAUGAGCAUGUUUCUCUUUUUAAUAAUUCUGUCAAAAUGUGAUGUGCUUACUUCAGACACAUUUCAGUUAUAAAGGCACCCUUUCAGCUAAUCACUCACAGUUGUGGGUGGGUUGUUUUGUGUUUUUUAAUUGUCAACACCAAUGGAGGUCACAUUUAGGAUUUUAGAUGGCAUUAGUGUUUGACUGAAUGGCCAUUGUGACUCCUGUUCAGAGUCAGUUUCAGCCUUGUGAUGGUUUGGAUCUUUUUGUUCAAGUCCCACAGGGGAGGCUGAGCACUGCCCCUCCUCUGGUACAGCUGUCCCUGUAAACAUAUGGAGGAAAAAAAAACCGGUGUUGAAAAUGUGUUUCAACAUAACUCAACUCAAUUUUUUAAGAUCUCAUUUUGUAGUUUCCCUGAUGCAAUUAGAAUGUUUUCUCCUUAUGUUUUUUUACGUUCUUUUGGCUGUUUUAGAUUAUUUCAAAGUAGUCUAUUUUACAUAAUCAUCUGAUUGAAUGUGUUUUUCUCACCUGCUAUUCUAAAAUAAAAAUAAAAAUGCCCAACUAUGUUUA